GUUUCGCAGUUCGCUUCCAGAACCCGAACGAGUUGGUUGUUUUUGUUGUAGCGGUGCAGUCAGUGUUUUCAUUUAAAGCUUUUUUCUGUACGGGAACAGCUCCCCUCCGUUAGGCGGAUGAACUGUGUCGCAUAGUCUAUUCAUAUUGUCAGCAAAAUAGUACUAUGUUAGUACUAUAGUAUUAUGUUAAGUAAAAAAAAUUACACUUAAUUAGCAUCUGCUUACGAAGCAUCAGCAAACUCGUAAGUAGUGUACAAAGAAACAGCUUGUUCAGCUUUAAAGUUUUAUAAAUUGUAUAUGUUUUGUUUGUGUGGUUUGGUGAAAGUCGCGAAAAUAAAAAGGUUCAAUUGCAUUCGAAUAAAUACCGAAAAAUUGCGUGUCGAAGCGCGCCCCGUGCUCAUAAGGAGAAAGAAAGUUUUCACACAUGUGUGAGUAUACUGCCUACGUUAGUGCAAAAGUGAAGUAGUGGCGUUAUAUUUAUAAAAAGCCGUCGCGAAACACUGCGAAUGAUGAUGGAAGCUAUGGCAGUAUUGCCGCUGGCCUAGACGCGAUAGAAACAACGACACGAGAAAAUUAUUCAAUCGCUUCGUCAUCGCAAUUCAUUGAGCAAAUAAAAGGACGUGUAAAUCUACUUGCGGUACCAACGUAUAGAACCGUUUACCAGACUAGAGGAAACACUACGCAGAGUCGGAGAGUGAAAUCAAUCGUUAUCUGCAGCUAAGCGCUGCAUCGUCGAACAAAUAAAAACAACCUCACACUCUCAGAAACCGCCAGCGAUAAAAGAAGCUUGUCGAGUCGUGUAGUCGGUGCUGCCGUGGUGAAGCUGAAUGCAUCCAAAGCGGAACGAUCGGAGUGAACAAAGAAGCAAAAAAAAGAGUGAAUCUGUGCUAUGCUCUACAAGUACCGCACCACCAGGCGAUGACUGUGUUAUCAACAAUAGAAGGAAGUACAACGUCAGUUCUGAAUAAUUGAAAAAUUACUGCAAACAAGCUUUAUACACAGUGCAUGUUCUUUCUUCCUGCUUCACUUUCGUUUCAAAUCGCGUCGAAUACAGCUGCUAGUAGGUACGCUAGGGGGCUUACCACUACAUCGACGGUUCGGUUUAGUAGUCUGAUCGAUCUGCUCAACUGUUAUGAUCGACUGACUGACUCAUAACAUUAGUAGACGUUCGUGAUCUUCGGAGCAAACUGCUCGCUGGGUUGGCAGUGAUCUGUGAAUCGCACGUGUGCGUGUUUCGUUCCACACGAGAGCAAUCUUUAUGAAUGAAACAUCAGGCUGUAGUGAUUGUGGCGGAAAAAAUGUGGAUUACGGCACGAAGCGAUUGGGUGUGAUUGGAAUUGAUCGACAAGAAAAAUAAAUAAGAUAAGAAGAUUUGUGAGGGAAUGUGCAUCUAGAUAGUCACACGCAUUUAAUUGUUGCAGUGCUUGUGGGCGGUUGUGUUUUUUGGUGUUAGAGCAAUUGUAUCCAGUUAAAGUCGGUUGUGCGUUCUUCGAGAUAUCAACAUGAAACCUUCACGACUGAUAGAAUUUAGGACACUAGCAGUAAGUUUACUCCUGAGUGCGGUUCUAGUGGCUGGCCAGCUGGAUAAGGUGCUGGUGGAUGAGGAUCUCGAGGGUCCGAACGUUUGCAAGGAGGUGGAACAGUUUCAGCUGUACGUGACAGCACCCCGGGAAAUAACCUACCAAGAGCGAUAUCAGAAGUGGUGCUUCGGAGUUCCACCUCGGUGUUCGGCGUACAGAUUGAAAACCAAGGUAAUCAAUGAAACCACCAGUGUUGUGAAGGAUCGAAUUCUGAAGAAGUGCUGCGUUGGUUACGGGAAAAAUGAGGCCGGUGAUCGGUGUAUACCGGUUUGCAGUAAUGGUUGCAAGCAUGGCGAAUGUAUUGCCCCCGAGGAGUGCCGCUGUGACCAGGGAUAUGUUGGGAAGACAUGCAAUAUAAACUGUCCGCCAAUGCGAUGGGGUUCGGACUGCAGCCAGACUUGCGAGUGUAAAAACAACUCCACCUGUAAUGCACAGGACGGACGGUGCCACUGCCAGAAGGGCUACCGGGGUCAGUUCUGCGAGUUCCAGUGUCCAGCCGACCGGUUCGGCCAGGAUUGCAACGAAGUGUGCCAGUGCCGGAAUGGUGGCAAAUGCGACCCGAUAUCGGGCGAGUGCUAUUGCGCUCCGGGUUUCACCGGACCAUUGUGUGCUCAAAAAUGUCCGGAAGGUAAACAUGGAGAACAGUGUCGAUCGGACUGCCGCUGCCAGAAUGGAGGAAGCUGCGAUUCCCAAACGGGUGAGUGCAUUUGCCCUGCCGGCUAUACGGGAACGGUGUGUGCUAAUCGAUGCCAGGGUCAACGUUACGGAUUGAAUUGUGCUGAAAAGUGUGAGUGCUUCAAUGGGGCAGAUUGUAACCAUAUUACGGGCGAAUGUAUCUGCGCGCCUGGGUUUAUGGGUUCGAAGUGUUUGGACUCGUGUCCCAACAACGCGUACGGCAUAAACUGUACGGAAACUUGCCGUUGCUUGAACGGAGCCGAAUGCAACUCGGCCACCGGAGUGUGCACCUGCGCUGCUGGAUGGACCGGAGCAGACUGCGGACUGCGUAUCUGUCCGGAUGAUCGGUUCGGCGAGAAGUGCAGCGGCCAGUGCGAGUGCAAUGCUAAGAAUACUAAAAUGUGUCACCCUUGGACCGGCAAAUGUCUAUGCAAGCCCGGAUGGAGCAGCGCUUCGUGCGAUAGGCCGUGUCCUUUCCUACGUUACGGACAGGAUUGUCUAAUUCAUUGCAACUGUAAAAACAACUCACCAUGCAGUCACAUUGAUGGAUCCUGUAACUGCAUUGCCGGUUUCAUGGGAGAUAACUGCGAAGAACAUUGCCGAAACGGAACCUACGGACAGAACUGCAGUGAAAAAUGCGAAUGCAUGAACGGAGCUACCUGUGCGCCGGAAAGCGGUCAAUGUUUCUGUGCGCCCGGCUGGCAGGGUCUCCGUUGCGAUCGGCCGUGCGAUACCAAUUACUACGGAAAGGAUUGCACUGAACGAUGUACCUGCAUUAACGGUGGUGUCUGCAAUCCCGUCAAUGGCCAAUGCACAUGCCCAGCAGGGUGGACGGGAGAACUGUGCGAUAAGAAAUGCGACUCCGGACGAUUCGGACAGAACUGUUCGCAAAACUGUGAUUGCCACUUGGAGAACACGUUGGCCUGCAAUGUGACCACCGGGAAGUGUAUCUGCAAGGCAGACUGGGGCGGUGUCCGCUGCGAAAGCCGCUGCACGUUAGGUUACUACGGAGAGUCAUGCGAUGAGAUCUGCACCUGCCACAACAAUUCUUCAUGCGAUCCAAUAACCGGGGAGUGCAUCUGCUCCCGUGGCUGGACCGGACCUAGCUGUAACGAUACCUGUCCGGAAGGGUUCUUCGGUCACGGUUGCAUGGAACGUUGUCCCGGUUCGAAGGUGGGUAACUCGACGUGCGAUCACAUCACCGGUCAGUAUACCUGCAGGCCCGGGUACAUUGGAAGCACUUGCGAGCAUGCUUGUCCUUACGGAACGUACGGCAUCGAGUGCCGACUGAACUGCACCUGUCUGAACGGGGGUGAGUGUUCCCACGAGACUGGCCACUGUCGGUGUCCAUCCGGCUGGACCGGGUCCAACUGUGGCGAAGUGUGUCCGGAUGGAUUCUACGGUCCGAAUUGCAGUCAAAAGUGCAGCUGCAAAAACAACGCUCGCUGUCGCAAGAAUGAUGGACAGUGCAUUUGCGAUCCAGGCUGGAUGGGAAACCGCUGUGACGAGGUUUGCCCGGAAGGAUUCUACGGUGAUCACUGUAUGAUGUCGUGCAAUUGUGCGUCCACUAACUUUGCUUGCCAUCCGGCGAAGGGAUGCGUUUGCAGUUUGGGAUAUUAUGGCGAGAAAUGCGAUAAGUUACGACAUGAAGCCAAAGUUCAGGAGCCGGAUGACGCCUCCAAUGCGGGUCUCGCCUGGGGCUUGGUGCUGGCGGUGAUUUUCGUGGGAGUCAUCAUUGCGCUCGUUUUGUACUACCGGCGCCGAGUAGCAAACCUAAAGGCCGAAGUCAAUCACGUCGUCAACUACAUGAUCCAAGAACAGCCCGGACACUUCGAUAAUCCCGUCUAUUCUGCCUACCAGGGGCAGCCGGGUUCGGGUGCCGGUCAACCAACGCUGGAUCGUGGCACCAACAAUGGAAUGCUGGCUAACGGAUCAUUGAUUCGAAACAACCUUCGAAAUCCGAAAUCAAACCUAGAAAAAUAUCGUUAUCCGGAGAAUGAGUCUUUUGGAAGCGAUCGUUCAUAUUCCAUACAAUAUCUCUCGGAGAGCCAGAAGAACUUCGAUGCUGACAUGACCAAUCCAAACUACAACACAAUCGACGAUAAAGACCACGUGUAUGAUGAAAUCAAGCACAAAGACGGUUACAAAGAUCUCGACACUGAGUACGAUCAUCUCGAUUACUCGCGACCGGGCAGCUCGCACAAAACGCACUACUUCCGGAUGAACAAUCCACUGUCGAGUUCACCGAAGGAAAUCAACGUGUUGCGAGAGAAUGGCACCAUCAAUAAUCUAUCAUCCCCGGGACUGGGCAGCCGUCAGCCACUUGUUUCUUCGAUGCUGAAUGGGCCGGAAAGUUGCGCUGUCAAUGUCGAUGGUGGUUCGUCCUCCUCUAAUUCGUCCCCGACACCUCCACCGCUACGAGCUGCCGUCGCCGCCAAUGGAGGACCGGCCGGCGGCAGUAAUUUGUAUGUCAAGAUGAGCGCGGAAGGAUCGUCCUCCUCCUCGGCAGUCAGUGACCAGGAGUGUAACACUAGCCACAAUAGUAGUAACAGCAGCAGUAAAAUUCCCGACCAUCAGCUCAACAUAAAGUGAGCAAACCUGGGCCACACUCGCUUUCUGUCAGUCGUAUUUUUCAAUAAGCAAUCUUCAGCUCAAGACACUAAAUAAAUAUAAGUCGGUCGCGAUUGUUUUAGCUGAAUAUUUUGCGAGCUUUUUUUUUAUUAUUAGUUUUAUCGUUUUAUGAUUGUGAUAUUAAUUGAUUGAGUGUUGCUGUUGGACGUAGUUAAAAUGUAAGUCUAAUCGUGUUCUGCUGUAUGCUAGGCAGAGGUAAGAAUCUUCAUCAGACUGCUAGACAAGAGUAAAAUGAAACAAUAAUUAUGAUUUCCCUCGUCGAGUUUUUAGCAUAAUACAGGAUUGUAUUUUGUAUUACGAAUCGUGCCAAAAAAAGUCACAUUUAUGCUCUAUUUCAUGAUCAUUUUAUACGUAUCCACCAUAGAGAUGAAGCUUCAAAGAGCUUUAAACUUACGCCAACAAACAAUCGAUAUAUUUACAACACUCACACACGGACAUAUUGUGGAAUGAUAUUUUACAAAACGAAACAAAAAUCUAGUGAACAAAAAUUGUUAUCGAUGCGCGCGCGGGGGUAGAUUUCAAUCGGUUUUAAACGGUAUCCCGCCCCAUCUCUAAAGUUUAAAAUGUGUUUAUAUAUUUGUAGCGAAUGACAGAGUAGAUUCACAGAUACACACAGACACACGCAUAUUUAUACAUGCAUUUGGCAAAAAAGCAUGCAAAACAAUCCUUCUCAGAGCAAUUCAAUUUACAUGUUUAUGGCGUGACUGAUAUGUACGUAUUGUAACAGAAAUUUUUAUGAAUAUAAGCUUAGAUCGUA